AAUUAUUGAUAUUGUUUAUCCUAGAUAUGGAAGACGAAAGAGAACAGAGCUGCGAAGAGGAACAGUCCCGGAAGAGCGGGGGCUACGAGGUCGCCGCGGGGUCGGGAUCGGCAGCCACGGCCACUGCAGCUAAUCUUGAUAGUACGGAUAAUACUAGGGUGGAUGCCGACAACCAGCCCUCGUGCAGUGCAAACUGCCGUCCGAGAUCGGUACGCUUCGUGGUGAAAAAGUGGAACGCGGUGGCCCUGUGGUCCUGGGACAUAGUGGUGGACAACUGUGCCAUCUGCCGCAACCCGAUCAUGGACCUGUGCAUCGAAUGCCAGGCCAACCCGAACCUCAGCUCCUUUGAGGAAUGCACCGUGGCCUGGGGCGUGUGCAAUCACGCCUUUCACUUUCACUGCAUUUCGCGCUGGCUCAAGACGCGCCACGUCUGUCCGCUCGAUAAUCGCGAGUGGGAGUUCCUGAAAUAUGGACGCUAGCCACUGGACAGAGCCCAGACAUUCAAUAACGACGAAGAGUGUGUGAGAGAGAGGGGAGGGGAACAAGAGAAUUGUGAUUGAUUUGAAUAAAGCAAAAC